AUGGAGGAAUUGGAAAAUCAGAAGCCUUUAGGCGUGGAUACAUUUGAACAAGGAGAUCUCUCGGGAAAGCUCUGUUCUUAUGAGGUCAGUAGCCCCGAUAAGUACGGAUGCGGUGAUAUGAUGAAGCAAGGACGUAGUAAGUAUCAACUUGCCAGCCUUAAAACAAUGUUGAAAGAAUAUAACAAGGAUGGAGAUCUUAUUAGGGUGAAAAUCAAGGAGCAGAUCUUCAAGUUGGAGCCCUCUCGUCGUGAAAUGAAGUAUAGAGUUGAUUCUGCACUGUAUGAUGAAAUGAAGCAGGGAUGUCACAUUGAAAAUGGCAAAAGGGAGAAUUUCGUUCUGGUCGAACCUUCUCAGGAGGUUAGUCAUGUGGAAAACUACAAAAAUGGACAACUUGUCAGUGUGGAACCUGCAAGAGCACACUGUCACAUGUCUGGCAAAUUAGACCAUGCCAUGCUAUUACCUGGUGAUAUCUUUGCUGUGAGAAUGAGUGGUAAAAGUGACCACGACAGCGGUGAAAUUUCGAUGUUUACUAUCUAUUUGAAGAAUAAGCUUUCCCAAUUGGAAGAGCCGAUCGACAUGUCUCCGGAUCAAUGGAUAAGCGAUGAAAUACAGGUGUGCGUCUUUAUUUUUGUUAGCUUAUUGGUUGUUGGAGCUUUGGCUUGUGGAUUUAUGACAUUCAUUAAGCAAUCUUGGGGAUACAUAAGGGUCAGAGAACCCGAAAAGGGAUUACACGUGUAA